AUGGGCCAAGCACAGGGCUCCACAGAUAAGGAGGUGAAUCUUCAGAACAUUCAGGAACUCUACCGUAAGUUUGCAAGUGAGUGUCCAAGUGGAAAUCUGCACUUACAUGAAUUCAAGAGAAUCUUUGGAAUCAACAGCAACUCCUCAGAGGAAGAAUCUGCAUAUAUGGAGAACAUAUUUCGAUCCUUUGACACAAAUAAGGACGGUCAUAUAGACUUCUUGGAAUAUGUGGCAGCCGUCCAUCUUGUUCUUCGUGGAAAACUGGAGGACAAACUGAAAUGGUCUUUUAAAGUUUAUGACAGAGAUGGAAACGGCUGUCUGGACAGAAUGGAAGUAAGACACAUUAUCAAAAUCAUCUGCAAGAUAAAGAAGCACAAUGAUCCAGAUGCCCCAGAGAAUAUUGAUGACAUCUGUAACAGAAUAUUUGAGCUGGUGGACAAGAAUAAAGACAGUCAGAUUUCUUUGGAUGAAUUUAUUGAAGGGGCUGAAAAGGACCCAUGGGUGAUGGAUCAGCUCAAACUGGACAUCGGGCCCUGUGAUUGGUUCAUCGAACAGCAGAAUAAAGGAUAAAGAACAGUUGAAUACAAAGUUAUGGUGACACUCUGCCUUCAGUGAUCAGCUCUUAUCUUUUUACACUUAGAAACAUUGGAGAAACGUUCUCACAUUUCACACUGACAUUAUAAGCAAUAACCCAAGGAAAUAACCUACAUCAUGGAAGAAAAAGAUUCAGGAUCAGCUCAACACAGCACUGGUCUAGACUGAAUGGAAGUUCAGCCUGAAUCUUCAAUUUCACCCUGGUCUCUUCUUAAAGAGAAGUCAGUCGUGUUUAUUUUACACCAAGUGAGAAGACACAGAUACACGUCAUGACUGAAGAGAACCUGGAGAAGUGAUAAUGUUGAUGUAUAACAGAGAUCUUGUUUCAUUUUGUAUAUUUUCUACAGCUGUUGCAUGGACCCACCCUGAGCAUUUCACCACUCACUUGGCAGCUGGGUAGUAUAACCCAUCCUAUAAGUAACACACAGGCUACUCUGAGCUGAUGAAUAUAAAUA